ACAUAAAAAAGCGAUCGAUAUUAUCCUCGAAAUUCAGUUCCACCAAUAGUAGAGUCACCCGCGAAAUUUGAAUGAGAACACAGACUUGAUCGUUUUUAACCUCAAAACUGUACCAAAACCAAAACCAAAAUAUUGUUCAUUUCGAUAUUUCAAUGGCAAAGGGAGUUGUUUGCAAAUGUGAACAGGUCUUUUUUUUCCUAUACAUUCGGGAAUUAAAUAUUAAAUGGAUUGAAGGAAAAACAUGUCACAAACCGUACAAAUUUUACGGUACAGCGAGAAUUUUCUAGUCCUCGAAAAACCGUUUGAUAUGGUUAUAAACAGUAACGAUCCUGAUAAGCAAAGUGUGCAAACGGAAAUCCGGAAGCUUUUUCCAAAUCUGGCGAAUCCAAAACUUUGCCACGAAUUUUAUUUCGUGCAUAGGCUGGAUUUUGCAACCAGUGGAGUAAUGUGCUUAGCUUUGACUAAACAAUCAGCCAGAGCAGCUUCUUUUGCCUUUGCUGAGAGAUCAGCAAAAAAAUAUUAUUUGGCUCUUGUUCAUGGACAUCUCCAGCAAAAUUCCAUGGUCAUUGAGAAACCUGUUGGUGAAGAUCCUCGAGAGAAAAAUGGCAGCCGAAAAAUGUGUACAGACGACGACGAUUUGUGUGAAAAACCAAGAAAGUGUAAAACUGCAAUUUUGGUUUUGGAGCGAGGUGUGCGCAAUGAAAAACCAGUGACAAAAGUUCUGCUGAGGCCAGGAACGGGCAGGAGACAUCAAUUGAGGGUUCAUUGUCAUUCCAUUGGUCACACUAUCGUCGGAGAUUACACAUACAGCGAGAGAAAAGAUUGCGAGCCACACAGAACAUUUUUGCAUUCCUACAGAUUAAUAAUUGACAAUGCAAUAGAAAAAAUCGAUGAAAUGACAUCGGAUCCCUUUGUCCCCUCGGAUCCUCUCAACCAAUGGACACCAAAUUCUCUAGUGAGAAAAAUUGACACAGAAAUGUUUACUGAAAUCGAUCGAGUCUUGGAUACGAUUUUGGCCAAUUGAUUUAUUCGUAGAAUGUACAAAAAUAGAGAAAUUAUGUAUUUUAAUGUAAAUAGAAAUUUAAUGUUACGCGAGAA